AUGUCAAACAUGAGCAUGGUCACCAGGUUCUUCCUCUCAGGCAUUCCUCAUGCACCGACCCUAGACACCAUGCUCUUUGCCAUCUUCCUAGUGAUCUACAUUCUCACUGUGCUGGGAAACCUUCUCAUCCUGAUGGUGAUCAGGAUGGAGUCCCACCUCCACACACCCAUGUACUACUUUCUCACCAACCUCUCCUUUAUUGACAUGUGGUUCUCCACAGUCACGGUGCCUAAAAUGCUGAUGACCUUGGUGUCCCCAGAGGGCGGGGCUAUCUCCUUCCACAGCUGUGUGGCACAGCUCUACUCCUUCCACUUCCUGGGUAGCACUGAGUGUUUCCUCUACACAGUCAUGUCCUAUGAUCGCUACCUGGCCAUCAGUUACCCACUCAGGUACAGCAGCAUGAUGAGCGGGACAGUGUGUGCCCUCCUGGCUGCUGGCACCUGGCUCACUGGUUCCCUGCACUCUGCUGUCCAGACUGCACUGACUUUCCGUUUGCCCUACUGUGGACCCAACCAGAUCCAACAUUAUUUCUGUGAUGCUCCUCCCAUCCUCAAGCUAGCCUGUGCAGAUACCUCCGUCAAUGAGAUGGUCAUCUUUGUGAACAUCGGGGUGGUGGCUUCGGGUUGCUUCCUUCUAAUUUUGCUGUCCUAUGUGUCCAUUGUCUCCUCCAUCCUGAGGAUCCGCACUUCAGAGGGCAGACACAAAGCCUUCCAGACCUGCGCUUCGCACUGCAUCGUGGUCCUCUGUUUCUUUGGCCCUGGUCUCUUCAUCUACCUGAGGCCAGGCUCCAGGGAUGCUGUGGAUGGAGUUGUGGCCGUUUUCUACACUGUGCUGAUACCCCUACUCAACCCUGUUGUAUACACCCUGAGGAACAAGGAGGUGAAGAAAGCACUGGUCAAACUAAAAUAUUUGUCAGUGUUUACUCGGAGUAAAUAA